GCGUCUCUUCCCAAACUACCAUCUCGCUAGCCACUCGAGUUUGCGCGUCCUGAGCCACAUAACUUUCAUCGCAGCCCAUCUGGACGCGAGUAUAUACUAUCCCAUUCCUCACGUUUAGCGACUAGUCAAGAUGAUGUGGGAUUUUGGUGACGGUGGUCGGACGGACGGAGAAGGACACCACGUAUCGCGACGCUCUCACAGAAUGCACCACCAUGCGCAAUCGAACCUGGAUCCAACGUUCCCGACUUCCGAUGUGUACCCUAUGCCUUCACCCUCAGGAUAUCUCUCCCCUCCCGACCCCUUCGCUCUUUCCCGCUCUAUGCCCGCACCCGACACGCUCAUGGUGCCCAUGCCAAUGGGCGAAGCUCGAGGAAGGCGACACAGUUCCAGCCAUGUGCAUACUCACCACCACCACUCGAGCCACAGUCACCGGCGGCACAGUCAUAGCCAGACGCGGUACCAGACGCAGAGCACCACGGUGCAGACGGUCGCGCCUGGUGUAGUGAUAAUAUCGCAUCCGCCGGCUCCGAGGCCUGUCGCGCCGGGGUACUCGAACUCGUCCUAUGGGAGUUACCGCCCUGCGCAAGGCGGUCAGGCUGUCAGUAUACCCCAGCCAGCCAUACAUCCUCAGUUCAGGUACUCGCGCUGUUGUGGACGAAAGAAGGCGCUUUGCAUUGGCAUCAACUACAAGGGGACACGCCACGAACUCUAUGGAUGCAUCAACGACGCCAAUGCCGUCCGUAACUUCCUCAUUAAGUACGAAGGCUUUAGGGCGCGGGACAUUGUCGUUCUCACGGACGACAACCCACACUCGCGCUCACGACCUACGCGCCAGAAUAUGCUGGACGCGAUGCGCUGGUUGGUGCAAGAUGCACAACCCGAUGAUUCCUUGUUCUUCCACUACUCCGGCCAUGGUGGUCAAACGAAGGACAAGGACGGCGACGAGGUCGACGGGUGGGACGAAGUAAUAUAUCCUCUCGACUACGAGACACAGGGGCAUAUUGUCGACGAUCAAAUGCAUGCGAUCCUGGUUAAACCGCUUCCGGCUGGGUGCAGGCUUACGGCCAUCUUCGACAGUUGUCAUUCGGGAACCGCGCUUGAUCUGCCUUAUAUCUACUCCUCCAGCGGGAGACUGAAAGGAAGUCACGUCAGCAACCGAGCGCGGAAGAGGAAGGCUACGCCGGCAGACGUUAUUUCCUGGUCGGGCUGUGAAGAUAGGCAGACUUCCGCCGAUACGUUCUCGGGAGGCGUCGCCGUUGGGGCGAUGAGUCAUGCUUUCAUUAGCUCUCUGAAGGCCAAUAAGAAUCAGAGCUACCAGGAGCUGCUGACUUCCGUGCGCCGUAUUCUGCACCCGAAGUAUAGCCAGAAGCCGCAGCUGGGUAGCUCGCAUCCGAUCGAUACGAACCUGAAGUUCAUCAUCUAAUCCAUACCGCUCUCCGCCUGAUGAGCUGUUAAUUGUACCACCUUGGACAUCUGUUUACGACCUUAAUGACUUCCGCUCGCUCGCACCUAUCUGAUGUAGCACAUGCUUAUGAAGACUCCGUAUGCUUGUAGCGCACUGCCUGCAUAUUGUUCUCUUACUUUACGCCUAUCUCUUGCAGUUGUAAUAUAAUUGAUGGAGGAAAUCGAUGUAAUGCCAUUGGGCACGGAGCUCGAC